AUGGAUCGCGCACAGAUUCUUCUGCUAGGGUUACCCCUCUUCCUCUUCUGCACCGACCUCCUAAACCUUUUCGCUCCAUCUCCACCUCCGCCCCAUAAGCCUCCCCACCAUCACCAUCACCAUCACCACCUUCAACACCAACCAUCACCAGUUGCCAAAGAAAACCUAGACUUCCCCUCACAGAAACCAAGCGCUGUUGGACUCGGAGCCGGCAGCACAGUCAAGAUUAGUUUCUGCACCUCUUGCUCUUACAAGGGGAAUGCAGUAACAAUAACGAAGAUGUUGGAGUCUUCUUUUCCUGGAAUUCAUGUCGUUCUUUCGAAUCACCCCCCACCCCUUCCAAAGCGUGUGCUCAGCAAGUUGGUUCCCGUUGCUCAAGUUGGAGUUUUUGGGAUAGUAAUGGCGGGCGAGCACAUUUUUCCAAUGUUGGGGAUUAUGACACCCCCUCCUUGGUAUUACUCUCUGCGUGCAAAUAGAUUUGGGACCAUCGCAUCCACUUGGCUUCUUGGCAAUGCGUUGCAGUCCUUCCUCCAAGGCACUGGUGCUUUUGAAGUUUUCCUCAACGAUGAAUUGGUUUUCUCUAAGCUGAAGGAGGGAAGAUUCCCAGGUGAGAUUGAACUAAGGGAUGACAUUGCCGCGAAGUUGGGUAGUUCAAGAGUCACAGAUGGCCUUGGAGCUGCAGCUUUAUGGUCCUAG